UCGCUCUGGUGUGUCCGUCCGACCACAAUUGUCCGUACCACCGCUCUACGCUAAUUUGACGCUCAGUUGGACUUUUCCCCUACCCCUCAAUUCAACGCGCUUGUUUAGACUUGUGUUUUUGUCAACGGGUAGACCUCCUCAAAGAUCGACUGUCCACUCCCAUGGAUACAUACAUAUAAAUACAAGUAUGCUAUAUCUGCUAUCUGGAUCAGAUCAGCCGCCAAUUUCAUAUUCACCAAUUGAAUGCCAUCCAUCUGCUGUCUCAUCGUUGUCUGCACUGGUUUGCUUUCCGGACAUCAUAUAUAUUUUCAGAAUGGGUAGGACACCCGCCGGCGCCGCCGCUGCUCCGUCGUCGUCGUCGCCGGAGAUGAUGAAUAUUAAUAAUAAGUACAAGGGCGUGCGGCGGCGGAAAUGGGGCAAGUACGUGUCGGAGAUACGCCUCCCCAACUGCCGCGACCGGAUAUGGCUCGGCUCCUACGACACCGCCGAGAAGGCGGCGCGUGCUUUCGACGCCGCCCUCUUCUGCCUCCGGGGCCCCACCGCCAAGUUCAAUUUCCCCGACGAGCCGCCCGACAUUGCCGCCGGCCAGUCGCUGGCUCCUACGGAGAUACAGGCCCUAGCUCAGAGCUACGCCAACCGUUUCGGCGGCGGGGGGUCGAGUAACGCGGCGGCGGCGGCGACGCCAGGGGUUGAGGUGGAAGACACGUCAGCAUCGACUGAUUCUAUCGAUUGGUCGUUUCUGGACAUGCUGGACUCGAAUGUGGAUGCGAAUGCGGGUCGGGUUACGGAUCUUGGACUAUUUGACGAGCCUGGAGAUCAUAUGUAUAUGACUCCGGCAGGGUUUGGCGUGAGGGAUAAUGCCAACUUCGUUAACGGCGACGGCGACGGUGACGGUGACGACGACGGGAUUGCUGGGAAUGUAAUAAACGUGCCGUCUUUCCUCUGGAACUUUCAUUAACAACUAAUAUCUGCUCGUAAGUAAUAAAUAAUUGAUAUAGACAUAUAUGUGUUUGUAAGUUUGUGGAGGAGAUAUAUAUAUAUAUAUAUGUAUGUAAACAAGUACUAAAAUGGUAAUAAUACUAUAAUAAAAAUUUUGUUGCAGAGUUAGCAUUUAA